AUGGACGCGACAGGAGAAAACCAAAAUGAGGUGGUCAAAGACGGAAAGGUGAUCAGAGCAAGGCAAAUCAAAAACAGGUAUGAGGAUAUUACAACUGUUAUUUGGGACGCGGACAUACAGGGCUACCACUGCCAAGGCCUGGUGAACUACGAUGGGAAGGGCCAGGUUAGACCGAACAUGCACAGUCACUUUCCGGUUUUUCUCUGGCCAGGACGGGCCUUCUUCGACUGUAGCACUGAGGAGGUCAAGAAUAAAAUCCCGAUCUACGUCAAGUUGGCAGACAGCGUUGCGUACGUGGUGUGCAAAAUCUACACUGCCGGAGAACGCUUUGAGGCAUUUCCGGGUGACUUCGAUGCGAACGGCGACCCGAGACCUAGCCGGGGAAGAUGGGGAGCAGGACCUAGAGUGGUGUACGGAGGUGUUGAAUACUACCCAUGCUUUGGCCGAAACUACGUCUUCUGCGGUGAUGACUACGUUGCGGUAAACGCGAUACCAAAAAGCGGCAACUCAAAGGUCAUCAAGAAGCUCUCUGGUCAGGACCUCAGCACCCUCUCGAUAGGGGCCUUCCAAGUUCCACGGGGAAAUCGACACAUCAUACCUGACCUGCGGUUCGAACGAAAGUCUCUGGGGGAAAGCGACAACAAGGAGGCGACACCAGAACCAAACGAGCAGGAAGCUACAUGCUGGGAGAUAGCCGAGUUCAGGAAUGCCACGGUACAUGAAAUCUGGUUGGCAAGAGAUGCUGUCACCGAUCAGGUGAAGCCGAGCGCUGGGACAGGCCUGAGCGCCAAUCAACCUGAUCAGCGCCUUCCGCGGACACGGUCUGAAAAAUUGAAACAAAGCACCCUGGGAAGAGGUCCUGGAUUGCCAAUUGAAUUGCAGAGCUCUCCCGGCCCAGUCUCAACCACGCAAACAUCUCCCACAAGUACACCAGAACCGGUUAAAGUCAGCAGAUCUACUGAACCAACCACUACCCGGCAGGUACAGGAGCCAGCCAAAGACCAAGACGGAAAGUCGUCUCAAGUACCGGUCUUGACGAUGCCAGGAGGCGACUACGCGAGGAACCAACAGGAAAUUGCUGUACGAGCAUUUCAUGUUCUCGCUGGGACUAUAGAGACAACCGAGCAGCACCUCGUCAACCUAAAGACCCUAGCGGAACAGCUGAUCAGAUCGCAACCUAUCGUUACAUUGGCCGGUAAUUCUCUUAACCUUGCUGACAACCUAAUCAAGCACGGCAACUACCAACAGGUCAUGAACAUCAUAGACGCCUUGCACCACGACAUGGCGGCAGUGAGAUGGCUACCAGGUUCAGACACGACUAGAGACACUCUCGGACAGAAAAUUAUGGCUAUGGAAUCGACUGUCGAAGAGGAAAUGGCGAAACUGGCAGAAGACCGCAAAGCGAGCAGAAAAGCGCACAAACACACUGAGGCCUUGGUCAGAAUAAGCAAGCCGUGGCGAAAAUUCGUAUUGGCACCCAUGGUAGACGGUCAGGUGGAUGGGGCAAAAGCGAAGGCGCUGGCGGCAACCGGACCAUUCUACGGCGAAGAUGGAGCUCCCUGGAACAUCACAAGGAUUCUGAAGAACCCGGACAACCCAGAGUCGGGUCCGUUUGGUCAGUUUGUCUUCUGCAAGCGGGGAACCGACGGGGAGUACGACAAGGAAGAUGCAAAGGACCAGCAGAAGAAGGGCCUUUUCUGGACCUGGGAUGGGAAACCAUUGCCAGCAGACAACGAACAGCGGAUCCUUGUGCCCUUCGACAAAUGGUCCGGACGAUACAUUUUGGCACUCGACCCAAUGCAGACCUACAAGGAACGUCAUUUUCAUAUGACCAACGAUUUCUUUUACACAGUAGAUGGCCUGAUGUAUCAACCACCACAGGACAAGCAAUAUGUGCCAUGGGACAUGGAGACACACGGACUCUCCAGGAUAAGGAAAGCACCAUAUGUCUAUGUCAGCCUUCUGACCACCGGAACCGGAAAUCAGAACCGAGGCGACCCCGACCUCGCCCAGGUCGACGCCGAGGUUAAGACAGGGCGAUUGUGGAACGCCGACGGAAAGCCAUGGGUCGACGAUGAUGAAGACGAGGAGCCCGCGGCAAAGAAGCUGAAGGUGUUCAACCUGGAGGAUAUUGAGGAUGUCAACAUUGACGAAUGA